AGUACGUGGAGACCGCAGCCUACAACAAACAGUACACCGAGAGGCAGCUCCGAGCUGGUGGGGGCUACAUUCUGCAGGAUUUCAAUGAAGCCCAGUGUAAAGCUGCAUACCAGUGUAUCCUGAUCGCUGACCAGCACUGUCGGACAAAGAAGUAUUUCCUGUGCAUUGCCAGUGGAGUCCCGUGUGUGUCGAACCUCUGGGUUAGAGAUAGCUGCCUGGCCAGUCAGCUCCAGCCUUACAAGAAUUACCUGCUUCCAGCAGGAUACAGCGUGGAGGCUGACCGCAUCCUGGAAUGGCAUCCCCGGAGCACUCCGUUCAAGAACAUGAAGUUGCUGCUUGUGUCGGACCAGCAGGAAGGUUUCCUCAGCCUGUGGUCGGAGAUCCUGAUGAUGGGAGGGGCAAUGUCAGUUCGGCAGCACAACUCCUCAGCUCACAAUAAAG